AUGUCUCAAUCAGGUCAUCUUGGGUCAGCCAAUGGAAGUAACAAAGGCAAAGCAACAUUGCAACCGAUGCUCAAGAUCACGGUUCCACGCUUUGACAACACGAAGUUGAUAAGUGGUUACUCUCAGACCCUUAUUGGGAAGUGUGUGAACCCAUUGAAGCAGGACAUGAAUGCUCUACUGAUCAUGUUCCCGAGGAUAUGGAAGGUUGAGGACCGUGUCACCGGAGCAGAUCUCGGUAUGUGGCGUUUCCAGUUUGACUUUGAUGAAGAGGAGGACAUCAUUUCUGUACUGCAGAUGGAGCCGUACCAUUUUGAUGGUUGGAUGGUGGUGUUAGUUCGAUGGGAGCCGUUAAUAGAGCCGAAUUAUCUAUCAAUUUUAACUUUCUAG